UAUUAGGUUAAUUCAAAUUUCGUAAAUUUGAUUUGAUACGUAGUAAAUGCCAAGCUGCCUCUAAUGUUAUGGAUUCGGAAGAAUUAAAACCACCAAAAUCUCCUCCUGUCAAGAGAUACCGUCGAGAGGAGCUUGAUGAAACUUCACCAGAUGAAGAUGACAAAUACACUCCUUAUGUACCAGUCAAAGAAAGGAAAAAACGCCAACUAUUAAAACUUGGUCGGCUAGGUCAGAUUAAAGAAAGUGAAUUAGCAGCAAAAGGAAAAUCGUCAAGUGAAAAUGAGUUGGAUGAAGAUGAAACUGAAGAUGGGCAAGUCUGGGGACGGAAAUUUAACAUACCGUUACUGGAUCAACAUACCGAGUUAAGAAAAUUAGCAGAGGCUAAGAAGGUAAGCGCCGUAGAAAAACAAUUGAAGGAAGAAGAGAAAAUAUUGGAGAGUGUUGCCGAAAAAAAAGCUUUGAUGGGUGUUGCUGAAUUGGCAAAAGGUAUUCAGUAUGAGGAUCCAAUUAAAACCAGUUGGACACCGCCACGGUAUAUAUUGGCAAUGUCUGAGAGUCGCCAUGAACAAGUACGACAACAGCUUAGGAUUUUAGUCGAAGGCGAAAAUGUUCCACCACCUUUGAAAUCAUUUAAGGAAAUGAAAUUUCACCGAGCUAUUAUUGAAGGAUUACAACAGAAAAAUAUUACAAAACCAACACCAAUUCAAGUACAAGGGAUACCUACUGUAUUAUCUGGACGAGAUAUGAUUGGAAUUGCAUUCACUGGUUCCGGUAAAACAUUGGUAUUUGUUUUACCCUUAAUCAUGUUUUGUUUGGAACAAGAAAUUAAAUUACCAUUUAUUAAGCAUGAAGGUCCAUAUGGUCUAAUUAUUUGCCCGUCACGUGAAUUGGCGAAGCAAACUCAUGAUAUUAUUCAGCAUUAUUGUGAUAAUUUACGCCGGUAUAAUCUGCCAGAAAUACGUAGCUGUAUCGCAAUUGGUGGAGUUCCAGUUUUUGAAUCAUUAGACGUUAUUCAAAAGGGUGUUCAUAUUAUGGUAGCCACGCCAGGUCGUUUAAUGGAUAUGUUAGAUAAAAAAAUGGUACGUUUAAAUGUUUGUCGAUAUUUAUGUAUGGAUGAAGCUGAUCGUAUGAUUGAUAUGGGUUUCGAAGAAGAUGUUCGAACCAUAUUUUCUUUUUUUAAAGGUCAAAGACAAACAUUACUAUUUUCAGCAACUAUGCCGAAAAAAAUUCAAAAUUUUGCACGAUCUGCAUUAGUCAAACCGGUGACAAUUAACGUUGGACGAGCUGGGGCUGCAUCAAUGAAUGUUGUACAAGAAGUGGAAUAUGUUAAACAAGAAGCAAAAAUUGUUUACUUAUUGGAUUGCUUACAAAAAACCCCACCGCCUGUAUUAAUUUUUGCUGAAAAGAAACAAGAUGUUGAUGCAAUUCAUGAAUAUUUGUUGUUGAAAGGUGUUGAAGCUGUUGCUAUUCAUGGUGGAAAAGAUCAAGAAGAAAGGUCACGUUCGGUGGAAGCAUUUAGAAAACAACAGAAAGAUGUCUUAGUAGCGACUGAUGUUGCAUCAAAAGGUCUUGAUUUUGCUGAUGUUCAACAUGUUAUUAACUACGACAUGCCCGAUGACGUUGAAAAUUAUGUUCACAGAAUCGGAAGAACUGGACGAUCAGGGCGAACGGGACUGGCAACCACAUUUAUAAACAAAUCAAAUGAUGAAUCUGUUUUACUUGACUUGAAACAUUUAUUAAUGGAAGCAAAACAAAAAGUUCCAACAUUCUUGGCUGAGUUAUGUUCAGAGAAUGAGAAAUAUUUGAAUUUGGGUGAUGAUCGUGGAUGCAGUUAUUGUGGUGGUUUAGGACAUCGAAUUACAGAUUGUCCAAAAUUGGAGGCAAUACAAAAUAAACAAGCUUCAAAUAUUGGUCGGCGAGAUUAUUUAGCAAAUACUGCGGCUGAUUAUUAAAGAAUAUUUCAAGUUAAAUCGUUUUUCGAUGUAGUUGUACGGUAAAAUUUAAU